AUGAAGACCCAGGCAAAGAUACUGCCAGCUUUGUUCCAAAUUCUGAGCACACAGCAAGGCCAGGCUCUCUGUAUUGUGCCUUUCAAUGUUAUCUCUUCACGUUUCAGUGGGAUAUCUAGAGGGAAGGAGAACGAGACAGGACUCAGCGAGUUCCUCCUGCUUGGCAUCACCAGUGACCUUGGGCAGCAACAAGUCCUCUUCUGGCUCUUCCUGUGUAUGUACCUGGUCACUGUGGUUGGGAACACACUCAUCAUCCUGGUCAUCUGUUCUGAACCACACCUGCACACUCCCAUGUACUUCUUUCUCACCAAUCUCUCUUUUGUUGACAUCUGCUUCACCACCAAUCUGAUCCCCAAGCUCCUGGUCAGCCACAUGGCAGGAACACAGACCAUCUCUUACCCCUACUGUCUGACUCAGAUGUACUUCCUCAUCUCCUUUGCCAAUGUGGACACCUUUCUGCUGGCUGCCAUGGCUCUGGACCAUUAUGUUGCCAUCUACAACCCCCUGCAGUAUUACACCAUCAUAACCCCCCAGCUCUGUGGUGGGCUGGCAGCUCUUGUGUGGGUCUGUUCUGGCUUCAUCUCCCUGGUCCACACGCUCCUCAUGAGCAGGCUGACCUUUUGCUCUUCCACCCGGAAGAUCUCACACUUCUACUGUGAUGCUUACCUGCUCAUGAAGAUUGCCUGCUCAGACACACAUGUCAAUCAGUAUGUGUUCCUAGCAGCCACGGUCCUGUUCAUGGCCCCCUUUAUGCUCAUCAUGGUCUCCUACAUCCGCAUAGCCAUAGCUGUCCUCCAGAUUCCAUCUGCCAAAGGGAAGCACAAAGCAUUUUCCACAUGUAGCUCCCACCUGUCUGUGGUCACCCUAUUCUAUGGGACUGUCCUGGGGAUCUACACAUGACCCCCAGACUCAUUCUCAGCCAAGGACACAGUGGCAACCAUCAUGUACAUUGUGGUGACCCCCAUGUUGAACCCCUUCAUCUACACCCUAAGGAACAAGGACAUGAAGGAGGCUGUGAGAAAACUCUACAUCAGGGAUUCAAGAUCCUCUUAGUGGUGGUGAGAGCUGGGCUGGCACACGGAAAGACAUACAGCAGAAGGAAACAGAACAGACUUCACAUCAUCUUAACACCAACCUCCUCCACACACCAACUUGGACUGUUUUUAAAAAACUAGAAAUUAGAAGGGAAUUUCAUUGUGUUCAGAAGAGAGAAUUAGAAGAGAUAAUUACUUGUAUUUCUGGGAAUCUAUUUCAGCUGCAGGGUAAUAGAAAAUUCCAAUUACAUUGACUUAAACAAAAUCAAAGUUGAUCUUUGUCUUCCAUAAUGACACAUCCAGAGUGGAAAACCCCAGGCUAUAAAUGAGACUCCCAAGGUCUCUUGUCUCUUCAGUGAUCCAUGGAGUGAGGCUUUUAUUCUCAUAUUUCUAAGAUUCUUGCUGAAGCUCCAACCAUCCUAUCCUCCCCCAGGAGAGGAGAGGAUGGACAAAGGGGUUUAUCAUUUCUGAGGGCUUUUCCGGAAGCCCUACUCAGCUCCUCCUGCUCACAUCUCAGCUGUGGCCCACUUGCAAAUAGGCUGGAAAGACAGUAGCUAUUUUUUGUUGCUGUCCUGUUCAUUUAAUUGCUAGGAUUAUAUUUACCACCACCUCCAAGAAAGCAGUAAGAAAGGGAAAGGAAGACAUGGAUAAUGGAAAAAGAGCUUGCAGGCAGGCCACAAUACCUGAUUCUCAUUUUGCCACACUAACAAAUGUGAAGAGGUCACCUUGCUAUUUUAGAGUAAAUCUUUUUCCUGGCAUUAACAGUCUUAAUUUUUUUAGAAAGAGAUUUAAUUUGGGAUUUAUUUUUCCUCCAUAAAAAUAUAGUGUGCUGGAAAAGAUUCACAAUGUUCAAACUUUGUUCAUUAUAAAAUUAAUGUAUGUUGAUGAUGAAAUAAAGCCAAAAUACUCUAAAUGUAAUGAAAGAAGUAAUAAAGCAUCUAGUAAAGUAUUCACAUUAGAGCAAACAUCAAAUAUUUUUAAAGAACACAGAUCUCUAGGUUCAACAUCAAUUUUUUUAAUUGGCUGCUUUUUAAGUUUUUCUAAAAUGUUUGAAAUUGGCAGCCUCCAUGAUAGGAGAGAGAUUACCCCUCUUUCCUACCCCUUAGCGUAUUCCAAAAGAUAGCAAACAAUUGAUCCAGAAAGGUCCUUUCAUACGCAAAGCAACCAAUCCAGAAGCCAAACCAUCCCGUGUCUUCCACCAGCAUUUUAUGUUCUUGUCUAAUAAUUUCCCGCCUAAACCAUCCCAGGUUUAGUUACUGAGACAAAUUGCUAUGUCUAAGAAUUCACUGAAAUUUUUCAAACAACUCAAUCCUAACCCUAUUAUUUCUUUGUAAUCCUGAACAUAACUGAAAAAAAAAAUCACAGCUCAUGCUUAUGUUUUCCUCUUUCUUCCUCUACUUCCUGACCAGCCCUGGUGCUUCCCCAUGCCUUACUGCACAUGUCCAGGCUUCUUGUUGCUAGACAUGGGAGAAU